CCGCCAUGGGGCACCGCGACCGCAUGUUCAAGGUGCUGGUGGUGGGCGACGCCACGGUGGGCAAGACGUCGCUCGUGCAGCGCUACGCGCACGACAGCUUCAACCGCCACUACAAGUCCACGGUGGGAGUGGAUUUUGCGCUCAAGGUGGUGCAGUGGUCGGAGUCGGAGACGGUGCGGCUGCAGCUCUGGGACAUUGCAGGGCAGGAGCGCUUCACGUCCAUGACCCGGCUCUACUACCGCGAGGCCUCCGCCUGCGUUGUCAUGUUCGACGUCACCAACCUGAGCUCCUUCAGCAACAGCCAGAAGUGGAAGCAGGACCUGGACAGCAAGCUGGUGCUGCCCGACGGGAGGCCCGUGCCCUGCCUGCUGCUGGCUAACAAAUGUGACCUUUCCCCGUGGGCAGUGACAAGGGAAGAGGUGGAUCGGUUCAGCAAGGAAAAUGGCUUUUCUGGUUGGGUGGAAACAUCCGUCAAGGAAAACAAGAAUAUUCAUGAGUCUAUGAGAGUCCUGAUUGAGAAGAUGAUGUCCUCCUCUGCCGGAGAUGGAAGUUCUUCUGCUUCUGGGAGUGGGGAUUAUAUCAACUUGAAGGAGCCAUCCACACCUGGCUGGGCUUGCUGUUAGAUGCACUUACUGCACCGUCCGCUCGGGCUCAAGCAGCAGUGCUAUUUUAUUAUUUUUAAAGUAGCUCUUUCUGGUGUUUUACACCAUGGAGAACUGUGUGCUCUGCCGCUCAGCACGGCAUUGCUGCAGAGACUUGGGCGAGGGCAGGAAGGGGAGAGGACGGAGAGGAUUCCUCUUGCAGAUUCCUCCUCCGCACCAAGGUAGUGUGGCCUGUGCAUUAAUUGGACUAAUGAUUUUUAAUUCGGAGCACUUCAUCGGCUCACGUCCGCCUGCUUGGGCAGGGGCAAGGAUGGGGAAGGUGCGUUUGAUGAGUGGUGCGUCUUUUGCUCCCCGCCGUUGCAGACGUGGGCACGCGUUGCAGUGACCCCCUUUGCUGCCCGCAGGGCUCGGAGGGCUCUGGGUGCCUGCGGAUCCCGCGUGGGAUCGGAGCGCAGUCUCCUCUCGGCGCUGCGGGGCU